AUGGCGCCCUAUCCUUUCCAGCACAAGCCACUCCAUCUCCCGCACAGCACCAAGCCAGCAACUCCAAUUCACGACCGUCUUGGGCAUGGAGAUCCGAGGGCCGACGCUGUGUCGGCGUCGCUCCGGCAAGGCGCCCCGACCGACGCCCGCGGCCUCCGGGUGUUCAUCAAGGCAGUCUCCGCGUCCUCCUCCUCCGCCUCCGCGGCGGCGGUGCACGCCCACGCCGCCAAGCUGGGGCUGGAACGCGAGCGCACCGUCCGCAACAGCCUCAUCGCGCUCUACCUCGCGCGCGGCGACCGCGCCGCCGCGGGGGCCCUGUUCCACGGGUUCCCGGACGGCCGGGACGUGGUUUCCUGGACGGCCAUGGUGACCGGCCACGCGCGGCUGGGGUUCCCCGACGAGGCCGUUGCGCUGUUCCUCGAGAUGGCGGACGGCGGCUGCGGCGUGGCCGUGGACGCGGUGGCGGCCGCCGCGGGGUUCGCGGCCUGCGCCGAGGUGAGGGACCUCGCGCUCGCCAGGGAGGCGCACCGGCGCGUCGCGGCCGCGGAGGUCGCCCUCGACGUCGUCGCGUGGAACGCGCUGGUGGACAUGUACGCCAAGUGCGGCGACGUGGCGGCGGCGCACCGGUGGUUCAGGGCUAUGCCGGCGAGCAAGACCGUCGUGUCAUGGAACACGAUGAUCUCGGCGUUCGCCCGCACCGGCGAGCACGGCGAGGCGCUGGCCCUGUUCCGGGAGAUGCAGCGCGCGGGGGUGCGCCCGGACGACGCGACGCUCGUCGCCGUCCUCGGCGCGUGCGCCCAGCUCGGCGCGCUCGACACCGGGCGGUGGGUGCACGCCUACAUGCGCCGGCAGCUGGGGCGCCGCGAGGCCGACGGCGUCGUCGGCAACGCUCUGCUUGACAUGUACGCCAAGUGCGGUGCGGUCGACCAAGCCGUCGCGGUGUUCGACGGCAUGGCGCGGCGCGACGUGUACACGUACGCGUCCAUGAUCCUGGGGCUCGCGACGCACGGCCGCGCCGAGGACGCCCUGGCUCUGUUCGCGGCCAUGCGGCGAGCCGGCGUGCGCCCGAACGCGGUGGCGCUCCUCGGCGUGCUCUCCGCGUGCUGCCACGCCGGCCGCGUCGAGGAGGGGCUCCGGCACCUGAGGGACAUGGCGCGGUGCCACGGCGUGACGCCGGGCAUCGAGCACUACGGCUGCGCCGUCGACAUGCUCGGCCGCGCGGGGAGGCUGGACGAGGCGGAGGCGCUCGUGGCGGCGAUGCCCGCGACGCCCGACGCGCUCGUCCGGGGCUCCCUCCUCGCGGCCUGCCGGGCGCGCGGCGACGUCGAGCGAGCCGAGCGGCUGAUGCGUAGCAUGAACGACGACGACGGCGACUCCGGGGACUACGUGCUCAUGUCGAACAUGUACGCCUCCAGGGGACGGCACGGCCGAGCGGUGCGGGUGAGGAAGAAGAUGAGGAGGAGCAAGCUGACCAAGGAACCAGGGUGCAGCGCCAUCGAGAUCGACGGCGUCGUGCACGAGUUCCAUGCGGUUCCGGCCAACUCCGUCACGUGA